AUGUCUCAUCCUCAUCUGACUUCGCCGCAUCUAGUCUUGGCCCAACGGAGGAGACCAUGUGAUCGCUGUCACAGCAUCAAGGAGAGGUGUCGUUGGCAACCGGGAGAUGCCAGCAAUUGCGAAAGAUGUUCACGCUUGAACUUCAGCUGUCGAAGUGAUCGUCGCUUCGCAAAGAAGGGGAGGAAAGCGAGACUUGCGACUGGAAAUCGACUUGUGCUGCGAAGGACGGAAAUUGAUAUACCCUACGAAACGCCUCAAUUAAGCUCGCCGAUAUCCUCGACAGAGUCUCUUGUUACCUCCACGUCCAGCAGCGCUGCCUUUUCGCCUGGCGUCGAUUUCGAGACCUCGGACAAUGAAUAUGCAAUCGAGAUUGAUCGAGGCAUCUCCAUUUUCCCCGACCUGACCGGCUUCGAGUUCCGCCUCCUGGACACUAUGCUGCACAGACAAAUUGACGUUGAUAAAUAUCUCAUCGGCCCAAGUUUCCGGGAACAACACUGUCAAACAUUUAUUGAUCACCUCAGGAUCGGGAUGCCCCUUGUCAAAGACGCAUUCAUUGCGUGUGCAACUUUACUUGUGAGCAAAGAGGAUUCACAGCUGGUACCAUAUCGAGGCAUUGGCUAUAGAAGGGCUGCAGCAGCUGUUGCUUCCCUCCGAGAGCUUCAAAUCUAUGAUUCUCGGGAUGUUUCAAUUGUAUUAAUCUUUGGUAUGGCGAUGGUGACUUUUGCCUUGCAUCAUUUGGGUGGCGAGGCAUCCGUUUGCCGGCAUGUCCUGGGGCUUGUAAAACCAUUAUAUGAAAGCGACUUCUCCUUGAUGAAAAGACUCGGCUCAGAUGGAACUUCCUUUCUCAUUUGCCUUCUGGGUACUGAGACGACCAUUUGCCUACUUCAAUGCCAAGUCCCCUCCAUUCGACUUCGAGAGGAUGAUUUCGAGCAGCUUGUGGACCGGUUCAUUGGAGUAUCUGUGUCGAUGCUUACUUACAUGUAUGAUAUUUGUCAGCUAGCUCAUUUGAUACGCCAGUCGCAAUGCAGGCUAGGCAAUCUUCUUAUGGAUGAGGGUAUUCACAGGGCACUAGCAAAGACUGAAAUUGCAGUCGAGGAGUGGCAACCGAGUGUGCCCAAAGACUUCCUUGAUGGCCGUUUCACACCAGCUGAGGUGGUCUUGAUGCUCACGCAAGCCAAAGUGCUUCGCCUGACUACAUCACUCAUCAUUCACCGGCUACGUUACGCUUUUGGUACAUACGGGGGCAAAGCCAAGGCCAUAUCUCGGGCCAUUCUCGACGAGCUUACUUUGGUGCUCCGUUUGACAGGGAGGUCAAUGCCUUUCGCUGACAUCACAUUCUUCGUUGCAUGCCUUGAAAUCACGAAUUCUGAAGAACGAGCAGCCGCUUUGAUGAGAUCGCGCCGCAUCGUGGAUUUCUCGGAUCGAACCCAUGAUGAGAUCGAGUCUUGGUUGAUCUCAUUCUGGAACAUCAUGGAUAAUGAGAACUGUCCUGCCAUUUACUGGGACGGCAUUGGACCAAUUAUUUUCGGAGGAGCCCAGAAGCUUUGA